AUGGCCUUUCGCUCGAGCAUGCCUGCUCCAGAUAAGACGUCAAACUCUUUAAUGAUGAACGAGCGGGAUCGCUUAGAUACUGCGGACACCUGUGCGUGCCCGACUUCUGCUGAGCUAAGUAAGGCAGUGUCAGUGUCCUUGGGUUUGGAUACGGUGUCUUCACCCCUCAACAACGCGAGCCAGUGCCCCUCCUCCAACAGCGCUUUUACGGAGUUCGACCCCAGUGUGGAGAACAGUUCCCGGGGAGUGACUGUCUUAGGAGCGGCUCACAACAUGAACUCAGACGCCAGCGAGUUUCUGCUUAAUGAUAUUAACCAAAGAGAGGACGACUUUGGGCGGGUGUGCCAUGGCAUACAGCAGGUGAGCUGCAUGGAUCUGCUCAUAUCUGGCGAGAUGGACGGCGCGCAAACCGUGACGCGCGGUCCGAUGAUAUCCAGAUAUGUCUGCAAAGAAUCAAACUUGUUCAUGAACCCAGUUGCAGAGCUUCCCGCGUCCUCCCAGGUGGACGAGGUCUUACCUUUGAAACAAUACCCUGCGUACUCCGCCAAUUCAAACCAAUACAGGGACAGCCCGAGUUCGUGGUGCGCGUACAGCGGACGAUCCGAGCCAGAGAGAAGCGGAUCUGGCGGACCUGGUGGAGAUACUUUGUUGUGUAAAUACUGUAAUUGCGGUCAAGUCUCUCGUGGAUCCAAGCAGGAAUGCCACUGUGUAUGGUACAGCAAGGAAGAGCAGAGUCGUAAAGGUGGCACGCGUGCGGUGAUGGCACAAGAGUACGGUCAAGUGGAAAGUUACCAAAGUCCAAUCCCGCAAGGGCAUGCCUCUUUUUCCACCAUCAAGACCGAACCUUCAGUUUGGGUGGACUGCACAGAUCGUAGUUUCAGGCAUGAGGAUUUGUUUUCCGGAGUGUACCUGUCGGACAGGAGAGUAUGUCAGGUGUGUGGAGACGAUGCCUCUGGCUGUCACUAUGGAGCAGUCACCUGUGGCAGCUGCAAAGUAUUCUUCAAGAGAGCCGCUGCAGGUAAGCAGAAUCACCUGUGUGCCAGCCGGAACGACUGCACCAUCGACAAGCUGAGGCGGAAAAACUGCGCCUCAUGUCGGUUGAAGAGAUGCUUCAUGUCGGGAAUGAGCCUUAAAGGUCGCAGGCUGAAGGGAGCCGGACAGACGAGGAACGGAGAGGGGGAGCAACCCCUUGCUCCCUGGGGACCUGGAGAACGAGGCGAAAGGCCUGGAAAAAAAGACGUCAUUUUGGAGCCGGGAAGUGCAGUUCUAAUGGCUCAAACACCAUCCCAGGUUAUGGCUUUAGGCAUCCCCCCGACCGUGCGCUCCUGCCUCUCCCUGCUCAGUGUCUUGCAAAGCAUUGAGCCGGCAAUAGUCAAUGCCGGACAUGACCAUGCUUUGCCAGACAGCCCUGCGUCCUUGCUCACCAGUCUCAAUGAGCUGGGGGAAAGACAGCUGGUAACCGUGGUGCGCUGGGCCAAGGCAAUACCAGGUUUUCGUGACCUGCAUGUGGACGAUCAGAUGUCAAUGAUUCAGUUGUCAUGGAUGGGGGUGAUGGUGUUCGCCCUAGGCUGGAGGUCCUACACCCUUACUAACAGCUCCAUGCUCUACUUUGCCCCAGACCUGGUCUUCAAUGAUCAGCGGAUGCAAGUGUCCAGUAUGUAUGAACACUGUGUGAGGAUGAAGCUGCUCUCCCAAAGGUUCUGCAUGCUGAAGGUCACCCAGGAGGAGUUCCUCUGCAUGAAGGCCCUGGUCCUCUUCAGCAUCAUGCCAGUGGAGGGCCUGAAGAGCCAGCAUUGUUUUGAUGAACUGCGGACCUCCUACAUCAGGGAGCUGGACCGUUUGGCCAGCCACCGCGGGGAGACCACCCGUACACAGAGACUGUUUCAGCUCACACAGCUGCUGGACUACCUCCAGUCGAUUGUGAGGAAGUUACACCAGUUCACCUAUGAUCUGUUCGUCCAAGCUCAGUCCGUGCAGACACGUGUCAACUUCCCAGAGAUGAUCUCGGAGAUUGUGAGCGUUCACGUGCCCAAGAUCCUCUCAGGCAUGGUCAAGCCCAUCCUUUUCCACAGCACAGCCUAGAGUGGAGUCUUUGUGAUUGGCCUAUAUAUCACUUGGCACCUUUUUCGGCCAUUUCUGGUAGCUUAAACGGAUAGAGAAGGGUUUAUGUUUUUAUGAGGUGAAAGUCGUACAAGCCCCCUUUAACCCCUUUUUACCUACAGGGUGAGGGUGGGGCACGAGUGAACAUGAACAGAAGGGCAUACAGCACAUUCUUUUAUUCUUGUUACUGUAUCUACUCUGUCCUUGCUGCCUGUUACCUGUAUCACGCAUAUCGAAUGUUUCUGAAGCUGAUUAAAACACCUUCUGGCAUGCAUUCCUCCACACAUUCAAGAAUGGCCAACCCCAGCUGAUAUGUAGACUUCUUCAUACCGAUUACAUGGCAGCAUGUCAUUUUCAGAGACAAGACAGUCGUGAGAAAAAAACACGUUUGCAGAGUUCACAUCACUAUAGCUUGUCUGUGUGCAGUAGUAUGACAUUGAGUUUUUUUUAAACAAUGAAUGUUAUUGUGUGCACCUGAGAUGAACAAACUUGUUGAUUGACAGUUAAUAACCGGUUGUGGCAUGCAUGCUCAAAAGAAAAGCUAUCUUGUCUAGGGCAUAGAAAAACAUUUUUUGAAAGCUCUCCUCAUCCAUAGAAAUAAUGUUUUGUGUCGACAAAUUUAAUACUAUUUUGAAUGUAUAUUUAUGAAUAUUGUGAUGUCAAAAGGGCACACCAAAAACAAUGAAAUAUGAACUGCACUAAAGACAAAGUACUGGAAUGACCCAUGAGUCAACACUAUGGGUGAUGGGUGUUUUCUUUUUUUUUAAGUUUGCUUGUUUUUGAGUGGCAAACUUUAUUCAAGUACAAUUUUUCCAGAGCAGACAUUUCAUACUGUUGUAACUUUUCUACUGUUUCUUAAAGCGUCCUUUGAAACUGCUUUGUUGUGCACCAUCAUGUGUUCAUUGUCAUUUUUGCUAAAUGUUUAAAGGUCCAGCCAAGAUUAUGCUCGUUUUUUUUGUUGUUGUUGUUUUGUUUUUUUUUGCAAC